CCGCCGUUUGCGUGUAGAUACGUUGUAUGUGCACCAUUGGAUUUCUUAGUUUGAUGCGAAAACUGCUGGCAGUUUAAGCGUGAUACAGAAUAGAUUGUAUAUCGUGAGUUAAUUCAGUCCUCCUGAUCUAAAACUUAGUAUAUAUUAUUAUUUUGAGGAUUAAAUAAAUCUGACUGAAAACUUAUCAUGCCGAAAUCAAGGGCAUAUGUCUCAAGUUCAUCAUCCAGUUACGAUACUGACGAGGAAGUAAAGCAAGAAACUUCUAAGAAAAACAACAAGAGGCAAGCGCCAGAAAAAAGAGAAAAGCCUGCGUCAGAAAAAAGAGAAAAGCCUGCACCAAGCAAAAAGGCAAAGCACGAACCAGAUGAAGAUGAAGAUUCAGUUUGGGAAUUAGGAAACAAUCGACGAGUGACUGUGCGUGAAUUUAAGGGGAAUAUGUAUGUUGACAUCAGAGAGAUGUAUCUCGAUAAAAGUGGAGACAUGAAACCAGGAAAGAAAGGUAUAGCACUCAAUAUGGUCCAAUGGAGAAAAUUUGUGUCCCUCGUUGAAGAAAUUGACCGUGUUGCUAAGUCCAAGUGUUAAUUUAAUAGUUCAACAAAGUUCCAUUGUCACUUUGACAGAUUUCACACUCUUUUCCUAUAUUAAAAUGUUUUGUAUUGUGUUUCUAUUAUGUUCAUAAUUAAAGUAAAUUGGUUAUGAUAUAUA